UUCUCUUUUCCGCGCCCAAACCUUCAUCAUCCAAACUUUCCUUCCUCUCCUAAACGUUAAGGCAACAGAGACGCGGCAACCAAAAGGCGGCGUGACAGGCGGCGGUGCAGCAAGGAGACGCGAUCGCACAGUGAUUAAGAACGAACAUAACAGCGGAUGCAGAAGUGAAACCCUACUUUAGGAACAGCGGAAGGGUGAGAUUCUUUCUUCAGCGGCGGAUGGAGAGGCAAUUCUAACGCAACUAUAAAUCAUCCAAACGAAAAUCCCGAACGGUAUGAAGACGCCACGACCCGCUUCUAAAUUGAAAAGGAAAAGGGAAGAAGGUAAAGGCAAGAAAAAAAAGAAAGUAGGUAAGAAAGAGGAAAAAAUCAAGGUUGUAGACAUCCGGGAACCUCAUAGCAUGCUAGAGGAUGACCAUGAUGAAGGAGAAGGGUUUGGCAAUGAGUCUACUAAAAGCAAAGUUGUGGAAAAUUUGAGGCAAGAUCCUGAUGAAGAUGAUUCUGGAUUAACAGAAGGUUCUGAAACUGAAGAUGUUGGGUUUCAUUCAGAUGAAGAGGAUAUUGGAAUUAAUAGUCAAACAGCUUCUGAAGAUUCAAUCCAUUUGAGCUCUUUUGAUUUACAUUUGCAACAUAAUUUAUCGAAAGAAGAAAUUGACUGCAAAAGUAAUGUGAAAUUUAGCUGGGAGACUGCAGCUGUUGGUAUGAAAAAUUGCAAAUGGAUAGGAACUGGAGAGAACAUUAUGAAGGAUUUGGAUAUCAAUUCUUGUCACGGUCUCAAGGCAAAGUUGUCUGAGAAUUGGAUGGAUGUCUACAAGACAUCUGGGGGCAAAGAUAUCAGUUCACCUAAACAAAGCAUGUUUUUCUCCCUUUGCAGCAGCUACCGGGAUGUACUUUACUGUAAUAAGAGGCCUUUCUAUUUCAAAGGCCUCGAAGAUGCAAGCAUUAUGGAUGCAUACAUAAUGCAUUCUCUCAAUCAUGUCUUCAGAACUAGAGACUCUGUGAAAAAAAAUGAUGCCAAACUGACCAAGCUUAAAGAGUAUACUGAAAGUGAUAAAUUUCGAGAUCAAGGUUUUACUCGACCAAAGGUUUUAAUAUUAUUGCCAUUAGCAAGUAUUAUGUAUCGUGUUGUAAAGAGGCUUAUACAUCUUACACCUUCAGCUUACAAGGUCAAUGUUGAACAUAAGGAUCGUUUUACCACUAAAUUUGGAAGUGAAGAACAUACAGGUGAUAUAGAAAAUGUUGACGAGUCCGAAAAUGCGAAACCUCAUAAGUCUUCCAAAGCAUCUGACUUUGAAAUGCUUUUUGGUGGAAAUAAUGAGGAUGACUUCAUGAUUGGCAUCAAAUUCACUAGGAAGACAAUCAAGUUGUUCAGUGAUUUCCAUACCUCAGACAUUAUUAUUGCUUCACCACUAUGCUUGGUUAAUAAAAUUGAGGAGGUUGGGAUUAACAAGGAAAAAGAUGUAGAUUUUCUUUCAUCCAUAGAGGUUCUGAUUAUUGAUCAUGCAGAUGUAAUAUCCAUGCAGAAUUGGUCUCAUGUGCAUACAGUUAUUGAACACUUGAACCGCUUACCAUCCAAGCAACCUGGAACAGAUGUAAUGCGCAUUAGACCUUGGUAUCUUGAUGAUCACGCAAAAUUUUACAGGCAAACAAUAAUACUGGGUUUUUAUUCAAAUCCAGAUAUAAAUGCUUCAUUCAAUCAUCAGUGUAUUAAUUAUGAAGGGAAGGUGAAACUGAUGUGUGAAUACAAAGGUGUCUUACACAAAGUGUUACCGGAAAUAAGACAAAUUUACGAACGAUUUGAUGUAGACUCGAUAGUAGAAGCUGAUGAUGCCCGUUUUGAUUAUUUUAUUACAAAGGUUUUCCCCAGAAUAAAAGAUUUAGAUCAGGGCGGGACGAUGUUAUUUACCAGUUCUUACUUUGAAUUUAUUCGACUCCGUAAUUUCUUAAAGUCACAGAAUGCUUCCUUUUGUUUGCUUGGGGAGUAUACAACCCAAAGUGAUAUCUCUCGUGCACGUCUUUGGUUCUAUGAAGGAAGUAGAAAAGUUAUGGUUUACACGGAGAGAUCUCAUUUUUACCACAGAUAUAAGAUUCGAGGAGUUCAGAAUUUAAUCAUUUAUUCACUCCCAGAGAGGAAGGAAUUUUACCCUGAGAUUGUGAAUAUGCUUGAUGGGUCUAACAAUAUGACUUGCACUGUCCUUUUUUCCUGCCUUGACAAGCUUCGGCUGGAAAGAAUUGUUGGCACUACUCCAGCCAAAAGGAUGGUGGCUGCGGAGAAGGGUGUUUUUGUUUUCUGCCACUAGAAUUCUUCCUGGGAAACCAUGCAAAAUAAUUUUUGGGUCCGUGGUGAUGGCAUCGUGUAUUAGAAUAUGUUACUCUUGAAAAUUAUUGUACCGCGAGCAUGAAGAAUGAGGUAACGGAUGCAAGAGACAGAUGGAAAGGCUGGAGCAAUCUGAAAAAAAUGAAAAUCUUUGUGCUAUUAUUAGAACAUAUUUUGCAUGGUCCUCUGCAACGUGAUUUGAUUACAGUAUGCUUAAUCGUACAUCUGUGACGUGAUUCUCUACGUCCAUAGUGAGGCUAUCGUACUCAACUUUUCAUCUCUUACGCGACUUUGGUCUUUGGUUCGAAACAGCACAAAAAAUGAGGAACCUUCAUCCUGCACCUUCAUACAAAAAAACUUUGUUUUAAGCUUUUGUAUUACGCUAUCAAUUCUUAAGACAAAAAGUGGCUUUCAGAUUGUACAA